GACCUCAUCUCAUUAACCCUAGUUUCAUCUCAUUUUCCCCUCACCCUCUCUGCGCCGCACGACCUCAUCUCCCCUGCUUUCCUUUUCUUUUCUUUUUUCUCCUUCCCCUCUCCAAGCCGCACGACCUCAUCUCCGGAUCUCCCUGUUCUCCUGCAGCCUACUUUCAUUUUCUUUCUUUUUUCUCCUCCCCCUCCUUGCGCCGCACGACAUCAUCUCCCCGUUCUCCUACUUUCAUUUUUUUUUCUUUCUUCUUCCUACCACCAUCCGUGAGCUGCUCUCAUUGUUCCCAUCGCCACCACCACUGCACCACACGGCCGGGCCUCCCGUUGCCUCUCAUCGCCGCCGCAACCCCUCCAAUCCUUGCGAUUUUCUCUGUUGCGAUUAAUUUAUGCAUUGUUUCUCUAAUGUUGCUGCAUGCUUCUCUGAUGGGGGUGAGCGAGGCUGCCUUCCGGUUUGGGCAUGGAGUUUCAACCGAAACAAAGUAUUUAACUCUAACUCGAGCUCGAGCUACUCGAGCUCGUAUCAGUUCGUUUAUUUAUCUUAUACGAGUUCGAGUCGAGUUCGAUCCUGAUAUAUGUUAUGCGAUUCGAGUUCGAUCUCCCGUUUGUAAAUUUUGUCGAGCUCGAGUCGAGUUCGAGCACGUAUAUUUGCUUAUCGAGCUCGAGAUCUGCUGUUCGAACUCGGCUCGACUCGGUUCGUUUGCAGCUCUACAUGCAGAAUCCACUCCUAGUGCUCUUCUACCUACUCGUCUUGGGUUAAACUGGCAUGACUGCACGUAUAGCAGUCACUCCUCUUACAUGUUCAAGCAUCUGAUCAAUCGGCAUUUUUACUUCUCCACUGGCAUCAAGCAUGCAUUUAGUUCUCUAGUAAGUUGUGACUCUCAUUUGCUCACGCGAAUGUUCAUACCAGCAGUCAUGCAGAAGGCGCUUCCACCCAGAUUUCACACUUUCGAGACCCCUAACAUGAACUGAAUGUUUAGAACCAUAUCUGGGUAUUGGGAGCCCUGAUGAGCUUCAUCUCCUUUUCAAACGAUUGAGAUUCUUCUUUGAUUUGAAGCUUAAAUACGAUGGAUCCAUUCGGAGAUCUGGAAGCAUCAAGUCCUUGUAAUUAAACAAGUGUAGGAGUGAGGGUAUAUGUAAUAUGUUGCUGGUGACUCUUGAAAUUCCAUAUGAAUGUACUCCUUCAAGCGA